AAUGCUUUCAGCUGCUGUGUGUUUACUCCAUUAGCUGUAUUAAAUAUUAAUGUUAAAACCGGAGGCUUUUGUUUAGUUUUCGCUUUAUGGUGCGUUUAAUAAAUCUGUAACAGAAGAAGGGUAAAUUUGACUCCACUUGAGUCGAAGGACAUUUCAAGCUUCUUUGGAGUAGAGCUUUGCUUUCACUUUAGUUUUUCAAUAACAUUUACUAAACUCGAGUUUGGAGGCGCUGCAGGAUUCUGCGCCGCUCUGGCAGCGAUGGCUUCGUCUUCAUCAGAUACAGAAAAACCCAAAGAGGAAAUCAACAUAGAUGAGCUAUCUCUAUACACAACCCCUCAGCAGAAAUUCCACUAUGUGGAGCCGGAGAAAGGAACGAUGGAGCAGAACGUGACCACACUGAGGAACAUGGCUGAGCCUUACAUUACCUGGUGUCAGCAAACGACUAAUUCAGCUAAUCAGAAGGUCGAGGGAGUCUACGCGGUGCUGAAGCCCAAAGUGGACAGGACAGUUCAGUUUGGCCAAGACAGUUACGCGUAUUUGAGAAAUCCUGCUCCGGAGUUUUAUCCCAGAGCCGGAGUCAUCGGAUUCGCCGGCAUCCUCGGCCUGUUCCUGGCGAGAGGUUCCAGGAUGAAGAGGUUGAUUUACCCGACAGGUUUGAUGGCUGUCGGUGCUUCUAUGUACUACCCUCAACAAGCAGCCGUCAUUGCCAAGAGUUCAGGGGAUGCUGUGUAUGAAUUCACGCUUCAGGCUUACGUGACUGUCGAAACGCUCAUUAGAGGAAAGCCUGCAGUGAAGCCCGGAGAGAAAGUGACGAAGGCAGAAGAGAAACCGGCCAGCGGAGACACGAAAGCGUAGAAACAGGAAACGACGACGUAACAGAGCUUCGGCUUUUGCACUAGCCGCGCCCCAUUACCGUCAGUCACAGCAGACGGGGCGGGGCCUGUCAAAGUACUUUUAUCCAUGAAUGUGGGUGGAGCCUGCUGAAACGGUAUUUUAAUGUAUAUUUCUGUACAAACGCAAAUAAAAUAUUAUCGUACCGGUC